AUGGCGGCCAAAUCGCCUACGAUGAGUGUGAAGUCGCGGGAAAUGAUCGGCGUGGAUCAGUUCAGUCAGCGACGCGAAGUGUUCGACAAACACGACACUGUGUUUUUGCCGCCGGCGUCGCCCACUAACUUGGUGCCAAGCUAUAAGGAAGUGGAACCAAUCAUUACCUCCAACCACGGGAAAACGACGACCAAUUUCAAACGUAACACUCCUGGAUACUCCAGCAUGAGGGAAUCAAGGACGGACGAACGAGAUUUCGAAUUUCGACCUAGAAAGUACUCCGAUAACUUUACGUCAGAGUUGAAUCAAAGUGACGAUGUCGAAUACAGACAUACCAUGACCGACAGGACCCGGCGCCUCUCAAAACUUCGCCGAGAUUUCAUGACCUCAAAUUUGCAUGACCCAAGUACAAAUAGCCCUUUCAACCGCUCUGGAAUACGGGCUUCGAUGCCAGUCAACAGUACACCUGUGAAAUAUAAGAUUGAGAAUCUUAAUUUAUAUAAAUUUCCCUUCGCCGAGCCUUACUCGACUCCGACACCUGUACGCAGAGUGGUUCUGGAUCUAGGUCCGUCAGAAAGUAACGGCGUUGAAGGGAAUCAAAACCCGGAAACGACGAAACACCUAAGUCUUACGAACAAUAAUGAGUCCCCAACUAAAAUCGACCAACAGAAGUUAUUCGAGGAACUGCUAAAGAGGUAUUCACCUCAACGUAAACCCAUUGACUGGCAGUUGCCUCCAACUAAGCCCAGAGUUGUAGCGUCUGUACCCAAGUCUAGUUCUAGUGUGGCCGACAGUAUUGAUAGUGCUGAUAAGAAAAUUAACGAUGACAAAACUGAGGAUGACGUGUUUGAAAAGAAGGAGGAAGUUGAACCAGUUCCCUCCGUUGUAAAUGAAAACUCUGUGGAAACCCAUAGUGAUGGACCUGAAAAGAAACCUGAGGAAAUUAAAACGGAAAUCGUAGAGAAUGGAAUUGAUUCUUUAAGUGCGGCUGGCGUGUCGAAUGAGAACGAUUCCAAGUCAUCUCAAAUCGAAUUAGAAGAAAAACAGGAUCAGGUACCAGAGUUGUCGAAUAUUCAGAGACAAAUAAGUAGAGAAUCAACCAAGAAAAAGCCGAUAGAAGUAGACUUAAGAAUACCAGAACUGAUAGAAAAGAUGACUGCUGAAGGUGAAAAUUUGGAGAAUAACAAAAAGCCUAAGAAAGUAAAGCGAAAACGCAGUUUUCUUGACAAGUUGCUAGGACGUAAGAAAGAUAAAUAG